AUGGCACAUGAGAGCUCUUCCAAAAAAAAGAGGGUUUUGUGGUCUGAAACCCCUGAUGAUCAAGGAAAAGAUAGAAGUGAUGAAGUAUUACUUUCUGUCGAUGAAGAGGCAAGUGAAUUUUACGUCAAAGAUCAACCAACAAAAGCUCCACAUAUCCAAUGUGUCUUUAACAAUGGCAUAAAAGCUGACUUGAUUAGAAAUUUACAUGAGCAUGUAUAUAAUGUAUUUCGCGAGAGCACUUGUUUUGGUAAUUACAUGCAAAUGCAUGGAUGUUGUGCACGCGGACAAAUACAUAGGUGCUGCAUGGCUUUGGAACUCAAUUGUAGUUCUCGUCAAGCAUUUGUCAUGCGUGUCAAUGGAUCUACGCUUCGUUUCACUUUAAGAGAAUUCGCUUUGAUUAGUGGAUUAAACUGUGUUAGCGAAGAAAAAGAUUUCAUUUUUGAUACAACAGAACCAAAUAGGUUGAUGGAACAGUAUUUUCAGGGUGUUAAGUUGAUCAGAAAAGUAGAUAUAAUGGAGAGUUUUGAGGCAAAAGUGUGGGGUGAUAACGAUCAGGAUGGCUUGAAGUUUGCCAUAUUAUUCUUCAUCCAAACAGUUAUUUUUUCAGGUGAAAGAGUUACCAAAAAAGUUCCUAGAUUACAUUUUGAUCUGGUUGAAAGCGGUAUGUACAGUCAGUUUCCAUGGGGUAAAAAAUCUUUCUACCUGUUGAUGAAGAGUUUGAGCAAGAAGAUGGAUAGAGAAAAACAGUUUUACAGAAUCGGUGGCAUGCCUAUUGUCAUUCAAGUAUGGUUAUAUGAGUGCAGUUCAAGUAUUGAUUUUCAAGUUGCUCAAAAGGUUGAUGACCACAUUCCGAGGUUACUCAACUGGCAGACGGCCAAAGAGAUUCUGAGAUACAAGAAACUAAUGAAGACCAUAUUCAGUGAUGUUAAUAACAAGUUUAAAUUCAGGAACAUUACCCCCAAUCAAAGGGAACUUGCAGUAUUGCAAUUGCCACCAGAAGGUAUCGAGAAUCAAGGUGAAGUUCAGUAUUCUGAUUCAUCAGAUGAUGAACCAGAUGAGGUAAUAAGUCAUUGUAAAGAUUCUGACGAUGAUUUUCAAGAACAUCCUCCACAAACAGUAAAGGUCAAAAGAAAAGGAAAAGUUGGUUCUUCACCGUCGCCUGUUAAAAAAAGGAAAAAGAAGCAGUUGACUGAUGAAUCCAAUCAGGUUGCACAAAAGUUGGAACCUCGUGUUGUUGUUAAACUGCUGGUGAAAAAGGAUAUUGUAUCCAAAAAGGAUUCUGACAUUCCAAGAGCAAGCGGAUUUGAAGUGCAAGUCUGGUUGAAAGAGCUGUCAGAUUUUAGAAAAGAAGUUAAACAAGAGUUUGUUGACAUUCGCAAAUUGAUCAACGAUAACUUCAAGACUGUUUUGACAGCCAUUAAUUCUAAACAGAAUGAGCAGGAGGUCAGGCAUUCUGAUGAUCCCAUUAUACCUCCAAAUUUAAACGACGAAGAGAGGUAUAGAUCACCAUAUACUUCAAUUCCUGAAGUUAUAUCAAAUCAAGUGCAGGUAGUUCAAGGUGACAAAUUGGGAUCUGGUAAUUUGGAGACUAUCAACAUUCCAGAUGUUAGUGAUACAAAAAGUGUUGUGCACCAGGUAAGUCAAACCAUCAACAAUCCAGAUGGAAUAGGUUCCAAAUCUGAUGAUCAUGAGGUUUUUUGUCUCAACACUCCUGUUCGAAAUCUAAUUAAAGUGGAUGAAGUAUUCAGUUCUCCAAAACUUAUAGUUCCUAGAGUAAAUCAACCAAGCUUUGUAUUUGAUAUACCACAAAAAACAGGAGAUUCUGAAAAUGCACAUGAACAUGAUGAGGAACAAUUCCCAUGUCCAGUCCCUAUACAGGCUAUGGAUCCCAUGAAUGUGACCACAGAUUCACAGUUUGAAUUGGACGAUCAAUUCAUGCCUAGUCUCACUUCUAUAAAGAGUAGCAUCACACCUCAGCCAACCAUAAUUGCAGGACAAACCGCACAGCUGCCAACUAUAAUUGCCGAACACUUGACAAAUACGGCAGAUCAGACCACUAUCAAUGUCCAGUUUGGUACGAGCGGAGAAAAAAUUAUGCAUGAUCAGCCCAUCAUCAAUAAUGAACAGACCCCGUUACCUACGCGUAGAAAUAGACGUCCAGGUCCUUAUAAUAUAUCUCCGUAUCUGACCAAUUUUGGAUCAUCUGCUGGUAGUUCAUCAAGUCAGCCCCCUAUUUUUGAACUGAAACACCCAUUCAUAUUUGAUUUGAUCUCUGGCAAUUAUGAUAUACCUUUGUGGGAUGCGUUUCGUUCAUGGGUCCGUGAUGGCUUGCUUACAAAGCACGAUAAAAAGAAUCAUGAUCAGGACCAUUACAAGAAACAUCUAGCUCACUUCCCUGCUGCCAUAAAUCUUGGCGUUCUCCUAAUAAACAAUAAGAACUGGUUCUAUAAUCUGUAUUUCGAAGGACAGUUAUUGAACAAUACGCAUAUCGAUGUGAUUUUCUAUUAUCUCCGUAAAAAAGAUAAGUAUGAAAUUGGAAGCAGCUACAAAUACACAACUGUAGAUUGUGUAUUUAGUUCAAAGAUUUCUUCUAUUUGGGAAAAAUAUUUGGAUUUAGACAAUGAUAUUGGUUGUGCUGAUGAAGAGCAUGUCAUUGGUGAAUACAUUAGAGGGUACAGAAUGCAUGCUGCUAUCCCUUGGCAUAUGGUUGAUCAUGUUUUUGUUCCUGUCCAUGUUAAGAAUAAAUUCCAUUGGGUAUUGGCUGUUAUUUCAUUGAAUGAUAAACGUAUCAACGUUUAUGACUCAUAUAGAGCAGCAGGACCAUGAUGCAGCUAUCAAGACAAGAUAGUUAAGCUGUCACAGUUGAUCCCUUUAAAAUUAAGAGUGAAUGACUAUUACAAGAAUAAAGGAAUUGAUGUAUCGCAGGCUCAAGAAGAGAAUGAGUUCUUUGAUAUAGUCUUCAUUGAUAAUGUUCCUCAACAGACACAUGGGACUUUGGAUUGCGGUAUUUAUAUGCUAGCUUUUGCCGAAUACCUAUCAUACGAACAAGGGAUCCCAGCGGGUAAUUUGGAUGCAUCAUUUUUACGGUCAAGAUACGCUACAUUUCUUUGGAAUUAUGGCCAACAAAAGAAUGAUGCCGGAGCAAUAAGUGACAAUGAAGCACCUCCGCGACAUAGCAGGCUUAAUGUAGCAUUACAGGAUAAUGAUACAAUUCAAAUAGACUAG